GACUUGACUUGCAUUGGCGUUGCUCACAAGUUUCAUACUUAUAUAAAAUGCACAAAAUGUAACUUAAGUUUCUUAACAAUUUAAUCUAUAUCUCUAAACAUGAAGCAAAAGAUUGUGAUGAAGGUUUCCAUGAACUGUCAAAAGUGUCGCACAAAGGCACUUAAGGUUGUCGCAUCAGCAAACGGCGUGAGUUUUGUGGGAUUAGAGGGAGAUGAAAAAGACAAGCUAUUGGUAAUUGGAGAUGGCGUAGAUGCUGUCAAGUUAGCCAAUUGUUUGAGGAAAAAGGUUGGACAUACUCAAAUUGAAAGCUUAGGAGAAGUUAAAGCCAGUUGAAAACAUGUGCAAGAGAUGUAAUUUUCUUAUGUGUUUUCCAUUUUUGAUCUUUACUGUGAAGUUGUCAAAUUUAUUGUGUAGUGUAUAUGAAUGGAUUGUUGUGUAAUGGCGUAUGAAAUCAACAAUAUAAUGAGAUGGAAUAGUGUAUCACUUUCCUUUCUAUUAGUAUA